AAAUUCCUUCCACAAUUAAAAAAAAACAACUAACCUACCAAUAACCACAUUUUCUCACCUAGCUCUCAUUUUCUCGCACUUUCUCACCUUCCAAACAAACGGCGAGAAAGUAGUGCGUGAAAGCAAAAGCCACAGAGCCAAAAAAAAUAAUAAGAAAAAAAAUUUGUAAUCGUUAAGUACUAAAAAGCAAAGUCCAAGUAUAAAAGGUCAAGUCGAUUUGUUUUCAGCUCCGUCAUUUUUUCUCAAACACUCCGCCACUGAUUUUCUCAGCUCGAUCCUUCGAAGUUGCUCUGUAUGAUCGGUUGUUUUGAGUAGAGGAAAAAGUGAGUGUGUGAAUGGAUUUUAGUGUGUAAAGUCAAAGAUUGUGCACUGUAGAGUAUUGGUCUCACUACUAAGGUUGAGAGAAUAUGGAUAUUGCCUGUGGUUUUAGGCAGCCAAGUGUGUUUCAUGGCUGCGAGGGCACAAGUUGUAAGACUUUGGUUCGUUUUGAUUUGCAUUUGCAAUUUAAGAGUAGAGGUUUCGGGUGUAACUUUCUGGGUGAUUCGAGAAUUGUUUUGAAACCGCAUUUGAGUAAGAGGAUGAAAAGGAGUAUUGUUUCUAGUGGUUAUAGCAAUUCAAAUACGGUUGCUUUAGGAGACUUUGAUAGUCAAUUGUGGAGGUCAAAUCUGAGACGUUCUUUAUUUUGUAAUUUGGACAAUGUUUUUAAAGGGUCAAGAACAGUUCGGUCGUGGUGUCAGGGUAAUGAUUCUUUAGCAUAUGUAAAUGGGAAUGGUCGAAACGUGGAGUUCAUUGAAAGUAGUGAUGAGAGCCCAAGGGUUGAUGGUGGUGAGCUAAAUGAUUCUAGAGAAGAAGAGGGACGGGGAGAAGAAGUGGAGGUGCUUAGUCUGGAUGAAUUGAGGGAAUUGUUGCAAAAGGCAAUAAGAGAACUAGAAGCUGCACGACUUAAUAGUACCGUGUUUGAGGAAAAGGCUCAGAAAAUAUCGGAAGCUGCAAUAGCCUUGCAGGACGAAGCAGAAAGUGCUUGGAAUGAUGUUAAUUCUACCCUUGAUACUGUUCAAGAGAUUGUGAAUGAGGAGUGUAUUGCCAAGGAAGCAGUUCAAAAUGCAACAAUGGCUCUUUCAUUAGCUGAGGCAAGGCUUCAGGUGGCAGUAGAAUCUUUGGAUGCUACAAAAAGAGGGAAUGAUUCUUUGGAAGGUUCUAGAGAGAGUGAUGAGGAAAAUAAUAUUGAUGAAGAGAAGAAAGCACUUUUAGUUGCUCAGGAAGAGAUAAAGGAGUGUCAGGAGAAUUUGGCAAAUUGUGAGAUUGGGUUGAGACGCCUGCAGAGUAAAAAGGAAGAGUUGCAGAUGGAAGUGGACAGGUUGAAUGAAGUUGCAGAGAAGGCGCAGCUGAAUGCUUUGAAAGCGGAGGAGGAUGUGGCAAACAUAAUGCUUUUGGCAGAGCAAGCUGUUGCCUUUGAACUUGAGGCCACACAACGUGUGAAUGAUGCAGAAAUUGCAUUACAGAGGGCAGAUAAAUCUCUGUCUGGUUCUUAUCUUGAUUCUCAAGAAAUUAUCCAAGGACAGGUCUUGAGUGAUGAGGUUAUUGUUGAGGAGGAGAAUGUGGUCCAAGGAGUUUAUGAAGUUUCUGUUGAAAGAGACAGUGAUGUGCCACUUGAUGGUGAUUCUUUGGUUGUCAAGCCAUUACCAGAUAGCCCAUCUAAACAGAGUUCAGAAGAUUUGAGUCAAUAUGAUGAUCUGAGUGACCAUGAGAAUGGAAAGUUAAGUUUAGACUCUCCUAAAGAAGCUGAACUAGAAGCUGAAAAAUCAAAGACUGUGGUUCAAAUGAAAAAGCUUGAUACACAGAAGGAGACUUCACACUCUAAUGUUCCCAAGGCAUCAUUGAAGAAAUCUUCUCGCUUCUUUUCUGCAUCAUUUUUCUCUUUUACUGUAGAUGGGACUGAGUUCACACCAGCAUCAGUUUUCCAGGGUUUCAUGGAAUCUGCAAGGAAGCAAUGGCCAAAGCUAAUUGUUAGUUUGUUGCUAUUUGGUGCAGGGGUCACCUUUUAUGCUAAUCGAGCAGAGAGGAAUGCUCAGCUGCUUCAGCCUUCAGAUGUCAUCACCACCAGUAUUGAAGUUGGUAUUGAAGAAGUUUCCUCAAGUGCAAAGCCUCUGGUUCAACAAUUACAGAAACUACCAAAGAGAAUUAAAAAACUAAUUGCGACACUUCCUCAUCAAGAGGUGAAUGAGGAGGAAGCUUCCCUCUUCGACAUGUUGUGGUUAUUGCUUGCUAGUGUUAUAUUUGUGCCGAUAUUUCAGAAAAUUCCUGGAGGAAGUCCUGUUCUUGGGUACUUGGCUGCUGGCAUCUUGAUUGGGCCCUAUGGUCUCUCGAUUAUUCGUCAUGUGCAUGGGACAAAGGCAAUUGCUGAAUUUGGAGUUGUUUUCUUAUUGUUCAAUAUUGGCCUUGAGCUCUCUGUUGAAAGGUUAAGUUCCAUGAAGAAAUAUGUUUUUGGAUUAGGCUCUGCUCAGGUUUUGGUGACAGCAGUGGUGAUUGGCUUGGUUGUUCAUUUUGUUUGUGGGCAGCCUGGCCCUGCUGCAAUUGUUGUUGGGAAUGGCCUGGCAUUAUCAUCCACAGCUGUUGUCCUUCAGGUGUUGCAGGAGCGAGGUGAGAGCACAUCACGACACGGACGCGCUACAUUUUCUGUCUUGCUUUUCCAGGAUUUGGCUGUUGUGGUUUUGCUGAUACUCAUUCCUCUUAUUUCACCUAAUUCAUCCAAAGGAGGGAUUGGUUUCCAAGCCAUUGCUGAAGCUCUUGGACUGGCUGCUGUUAAGGCAGUAGUUGCCAUUGCUGCCAUAAUUGCUGGUGGACGCUUGUUGCUUCGACCUAUCUAUAAGCAAAUUGCAGAAAAUCAAAAUGCAGAGAUAUUCUCUGCCAAUACGCUCCUUGUUAUUCUGGGGACUAGUCUCCUCACAGCCAGGGCUGGGCUUUCCAUGGCAUUGGGAGCAUUUUUGGCAGGUUUACUUCUUGCAGAAACUGAAUUUUCCUUACAGGUUGAGUCAGAUAUUGCACCAUAUCGUGGCCUUUUAUUGGGUCUUUUCUUUAUGACGGUUGGCAUGUCUAUCGAUCCAAAACUUCUUGUUUCAAAUUUUCCGGUCAUUAGUGGGUCAUUGGGACUCUUGAUUGGUGGCAAGAUGUUAUUAGUUGCUUUAGUUGGUAGAAUUUUCGGUAUUUCAAUCAUAUCUGCAAUAAGAGUUGGUCUUCUUCUUGCUCCGGGUGGAGAAUUUGCAUUUGUGGCCUUUGGUGAAGCUGUUAAUCAGGGAAUAAUGUCUCCUCAGUUAUCAUCAUUACUGUUUCUGGUAGUGGGAAUUUCGAUGGCCCUCACACCUUGGCUAGCUGCUGGAGGCCAGUUAAUUGCCUCUCGAUUUGAGCAGCAUGAUGUUCGAAGUUUAUUACCUGUUGAGAGUGAGACAGACGAUUUGCAAGAUCACAUAAUCAUUUGUGGAUUUGGACGGGUUGGUCAGAUCAUUGCCCAGCUUCUUUCUGAGCGAUUGAUUCCAUUUGUUGCUCUUGAUGUAAGGAGUGAUAGGGUGGCUGUUGGACGUGCCCUGGAUCUUCCUGUGUAUUUUGGAGAUGCUGGCAGUCGAGAGGUCCUUCAUAAGGUUGGUGCUGAGAGAGCAUGUGCAGCUGCAAUAACUCUAGAUACCCCUGGUGCAAAUUAUAGAACUGUUUGGGCUCUGAGCAAGUAUUUCCCCAAUGUGAAGACCUUUGUCCGUGCUCAUGAUGUUGAUCAUGGCCUUAAUUUGGAAAAGGCAGGGGCUACAGCUGUUGUCCCAGAGACCUUGGAACCAAGUCUACAGUUAGCAGCUGCUGUUCUUGCUCAGGCAAAACUACCCAUGUCAGAAAUUGCAGCGACGAUCAAUGAAUUUAGGUCCCGGCAUCUUUCAGAGCUGACUGAGCUAUGUCAAACUACUGGAAGUUCUCUUGGUUAUGGGUUUGCUCGGGUUGUGCCCAAGCCCAAAACUCAAUCCUCAGAUUCCUCAGAUGAGAACCAGAUCACAGAAGGGACGCUGGCAAUAUAGAGAAAUAUAAACCAUGUAGGGAAAAAACCUAGAAAAAAGGAAAAAGAAAAAAAGAAACAUGAAGAACUGUACAGCGGAUUACAUGUUUUUGUAAAUUGUACAGAUAUAUACUGAAACGAAAAACACAGACAUACUCUCCAUUAAUCAUUUUUAUUUUAUUUUUUUAUUUUAUUUUUAAUUCUAGAAUUCCCGAUAAAUUUUGAUA